CCUCCCGCGCGAGCUCCACCCAGGUCGCAGGCAGCGCGGUCGGCGGCGGCUGUUUCCCGCCAUUGUGCGAAGUGGAGGUUGGGGGUCCGCGCGCUGCACCUGCAGGUCGCCAGCGGCUCCUCCGCAGCCGCUGCUCUCGGAGGCCGGGUGGCCCGCGCCCCGCCGUGCGUGGGAGGGCGCGGGCGAGGAGCGCGGAGCCCCUGACGAGGAGCUGGGCGCCGGCCGCUCGGCCCGCGGAGAGCCGCCGCCCGCGCCGCGCCGGCCCCGGCCCUCGGCGAGAUGCCCUGCGGGGAGGACUGGCUCAGCCACCCGCUCGGGAUCGUGCAGGGCUUCUUCGCUCAAAAUGGAGUUAGUCCUGACUGGGAGAAGAAAGUUAUUGAAUAUUUUAAAGAAAAACUGAAGGAAAAUAAUGCUCCUAAAUGGGUACCCUCAUUGAAUGAAGUUCCCCUUCAUUAUCUGAAACCUAACAGUUUUGUGAAAUUUCGUUGCAUGAUUCAGGAUAUGUUUGACCCUGAGUUUUACAUGGGAGUUUAUGAGACGGUUAACCAAAACACAAAAGCACGUGUUCUUCAUUUUGGAAAAUACAGAGAUAUAGCAGAAUGUGGGCCUCAACAAGAACUUGAUUUAAACUCUCCACGAUCUACAACUUUGGAAAGACAGACUUUCUACUGUGUUCCAGUGCCUGGGGAAUCUACGUGGGUAAAAGAAGCCUAUGUCAAUGCAAACCAAGCUCGUGUCAGCCCCUCAACAUCCUACACUCCCAGUCGUCAUAAGAGGAGUUAUGAAGAUGAUGAAGAUAUGGACCUACAGCCUCAUAAACAGAAAGACCAGCAUGCAGGUGCCAGACAAGCAGGGAGUGCUGGCGGCCUUCAGUGGUGUGGAGAACCAAAGCGUUUAGAAACAGAAGCUUCCACCGGGCAGCAGCUGAGCUCCCUCAACUUCUCUUCCCCUUUUGAUCUGAAUUUCCCACUGCCAGGAGAGAAGGGCCCUGCCUGCCUUGUAAAGGUCUACGAAGACUGGGAGGGCUUCAAAGUGAACGACGUCCUCGAGUUGUAUGGCGUGCUCUCUGUGGACCCUGUGCUGAGCAUACUGGGUAACGAAGAGAGGGAUGCUUCUGCAUUGCUGGACCCUAUGGAGUGCACAGACACAGCAGAGGAGCAGAGGGUACACAGUCCUCCUGCCUCCUUGGUGCCAAGAAUUCAUGUGAUUUUAGCCCAGAAGCUGCAGCACAUCAAUCCGCUGUUACCUGCCUGCCUUAACAAAGAGGAGAGCAGAACCUGUAAGUUCGUGUCGGCCUUCAUGUCCGAGUUGUCUCCAGUCAGAGCAGAGCUGCUUGGGUUCCUCACACACGCGCUGCUGGGGGAUAGCCUGGCUGCCGAGUACCUGAUAUUGCACCUCAUCUCUACAGUAUAUACAAGAAGAGAUGUUCUUCCACUAGGAAAAUUUACAGUUAACUUGAGUGGUUGCCCACGGAAUAGUACCUUCACAGAACACUUAUAUCGAAUUAUUCAACAUCUUGUUCCAGCAUCCUUUCGCCUGCAGAUGACUAUAGAGAACAUGAACCACUUAAAAUUCACUCCUCACAAAGACUACACAGCCAACCGCUUGGUCAGUGGACUCCUCCAGCUGCCCAACAACACUUCCCUCUUCAUCGAUGAAACGCUCCUGGAGCAAGGGCAGCUGGACACCCCAGGUGUUCACAAUGUGACAGCUCUGAGCAACCUAAUAACCUGGCAGAAGGUGGACUAUGACUUCAGUUACCACCAGAUGGAAUUUCCCUGCAGUAUCAAUGUACUGAUUACUUCAGAGGGGCGGUCACUCCUCCCGGCAGACUGUCAGAUUCAUUUACAGCCUCAGCUAAUCCCUCCAAACAUGGAGGAGUACACGAAUAGCCUCCUCUCGGCGGUGCUGCCUUCUGUGCUGAACAAAUUCCGCAUCUACCUGACCCUUUUGAGAUUCCUGGAUUAUAGUAUAUCUGAUGAAAUAACCAAGGCAGUUGAAGAUGAUUUUGUGGAAAUGCGAAAGAAUGACCCUCAGAGCAUCACUGCUGAUGACCUCCACCAGCUGCUUGUGGUAGCGCGGUUUCUGUCUCUCAGUGCUGGGCAGACGACACUGUCAAGAGAACGAUGGCUAAGAGCAAAGCAGCUCGAGUCUUUAAGAAGAAACAGGCUUCAACAGCAAAAAUGUGUGAAUGGAAAUGAACUUUAAAGUUCUGAUACCUAUUUGAGUAGUAAUGGGCAAACUGUAGCCACGUUAUUGUAAAAUUCAAAUAUCAUUUAUACCACAGUUUUAUACAUAAUUUGUAUCAAAACCCAACGACUUUUCCUGAAAUCAAGCCUGGUGACAUCUGAAGUUUGUAUGAUACUCAGUGAGGGCUUUUACCUUACUGAUUUUAUGGAACUUUUGAAGUUUUGUUUUAUAAUGAUAUAAAUUAGUAAUGGUGUACAAAAAUGUAUUUGAUAUUAAAAGUUUAAUAUUGAUAAAUGUUGCUGAAUAUACCUAUUUCCUUAGCUGCAGCUAAGUCAUAGGCCAGACUCUGUUCAAAUGCUAAUGUUAACUUCAUUUGAAGAAAAUUAUUGUAAUUUCAAAGUUGGAGGGAUUGUGCUCUUGAGAUUUCUAUGUCUUUCUAAUUAACAGUGGAUUUGAGUAUGUUCAAUAGUCAAAGUUUGGUGAAUGGACAUACUUGCUAGAUUCACGGGUGAAAUCCUAUAGUAUCAUUUCCCAGAUAUUUGGCCACAGAAACAUUCUUACAGUUAUUAGCCUUUUACAUGGCACUGGUACCCAGAUUUUGCAUUUUAUGGACCAGUAAAAUUCUGAAAAUUUGGGGACAGGGUUGUCAAUUUAUUUUGGCAAGUAAUCUGAAAGAAAUCAUUGUGGAUAUAUUUGAGGUUUUUUUUUUUUUUUUUUUACAUAAAAGGACAAUCUCAGAAUAAGAGGUAGUCUUUUAAAUGGAAUAAAUAUAGCUUUUUGAAGAACGCUAUAUUGUCCUUAUGUUUCUCAUUACAUCCCAGUACAUUUGGAAACUACUAUUUUAUGGGACUCACUUAAGGGAACACAAACAACCUAAUGAAGUUCUGCUUAAAAAAAAAAAAAAGAAUCUAAGUAGACUUUAAAAAUAUUUUUUAAAAUAACUCUUUAGGAAAAACUUUUUUUUUUAAUGGUGCUGAGAUGGAAGGUAGGGCCUCACCUCUGUUAGGCAAGCUGCACCACUGCACUAUAUCCCCAGAAGAGAAAAAAGGAUUUUAAAACUAAUAAAUGGCAUUUAGUUACUUUAAAGAUUGGAUUUUGAGACAUAGAAGUUUAUCAGUUCCAAAUGUGCUGGAUGAAGAAAUAUUAUCUGCUAGUCCUGUAAAGGCCCAAUGCAAGGUUAUGUUUUCCCCAGACCAAUUGGUUUUGAUGUACAAAUCUUUAAAGGAAUGAAAUAUUACUAAUAUGUAGAAAGCAAAAUAGUAUCAUUGUGGCAACAAGAGUCUUUAGAAGGGUUAGAAUGUUUUUUUAAGCUCCCAAUGGUUUAUAUAAAUCUAGUAACU